AUGUGUCAGUUCUUGGGUCGGCAGGACUGUAUCGAAAGCCUCCGGAGGGACCUCGUGGACCUUCAAGGUGCGACUGUGGACGUGUUUUCAAGAACUGGUCCGAUCCGGUUCUCCUCCUGGAAGUUCCCUGAUAAACUGUCCUGUAACCUGGACAUGGUGGCUCUGCUGGGGCAGUAUGACUACAUGGAUGGAGAUGAGGAGUUCAGUCAGCACUCACACAUUGUGUUACUGGAGCUGGUGAUCGACAGACUAUUACUUCUGCUGCAAAGCUUCAAUGCUUAUGUUGAGCAGAUGAGGUGCAGCCAAAGGAGACAAGAAGCUAAUGGAGGCCUAUCAAUUGGUCUUGUAGUCAGAAACUAUUGGAGUAAUUUAGUCGAGUUUGCCAAGUUCAUGGCCAUCUACAAGGAUGAGAAAAAGCAAACGAAUGCAAAUAAAUUUGACUCUGAUGAGACACAAACAGGAACGUCUGUCAAAAAACAAAUGAACUCAAGGAGUGACUUCUGCAGACGGUGCUUGUCAGCUGGGUCUUCACCCAACUCUUCUAAAUAUGAACCCUCUAAUAUCACCCACAAUACCACAAACCAUCCUAAAGCUGACAGCCACAAUGUAGGAUGCCAAACAUUUGAAUCUUCCCUCGUUCCCUGUGAUGCAUGCCAUGAAGUGCAGUCCAUUUUGAGCAAAACAGGGCAUGCCUUUGUAGAUCUGUUCCAGAACGAGGGUCUUCCCUCCUCUCUGCAGCCCCUCCUGGCAGCUGUAGAGGACACCCUGGAGCCAGAACAGAUGACAGCAGCAGAUGUGGCCCAGUGGGCCAACGAACAGCUCAGAGACAUGCGCCGGCUGGGAAAACACCUCCAGGACGUGCGGGGUACAGUUCAGCCUCUUACGGAUAAACUGACUAAAGCAGAGACAGAGCGUGACAGAUUCAAGUCUCAGCUGGGGAAAGUGCAGAAAGAGGCAAAGCAAGAGAUUGAAAAACACCAAGCAAGCAUUGUCCAGCUGGAGUUUUCACUGAAUAAAGCUCAGAGAUCUAUGAAAGAAACAAAGCAAAGGCUACAAGAGGAGAGAGAACAACUCAAAAAAGAAAACCUAUGCUUGAAUGAGAGUGAUUCCAGACUUAAAGAGAAAGUAGCACAACAGGAGGACGCAAUACAAGCACUUGAAUGUGAAAAGGCAGAGCUACUGGAGAAAGCGAGGAACCUAAACAUCAAGGAAGAGACCUGUGGUAGACUACAGCAAAAAGUCCAACAGCUAGAGAGUCAAGUAAAUGAAACACAAGUCCAACUUGACAAGGAGAAGGCAAAGUACCACAGCGCAUGGCGACAGCAAGAGACUAUGCAGGCCAAGCAAACCUCUUUGUUAAAAAGAGUUGAUGUUUUGGAUGAAGAGUGUGAGGAGCUGCAGAGACAGGUGGGAGAGAAUGAGGAGAGACAGAUCGGCCUUCACAGUCAGCUGCAACAGAUGUCGGAGGAGAAGGAAGAAGUGCAGGCUCAGCUCACUCAGCAGCAGGACUUUUGUUCAGAGCUGCAAAAGGAGAAGCAGACUUUAGAAACACACGUGGGCGAGCUGAGAAAGAGUGUGGCUGAGCUGGAGGAAUACAUACAAGAUUUAAGGGAGAGGGAGAGACUAUUGGUGGCCUUUCCUGAGCUCAGCCCUCUGGCUCGGAGUCAACCACAGAGUACAGGACAUGUGCUUUUGGAUAUGGAGCAACAGCUGCAGGCAAACAACAUUCGUAUAAAAGUGCUGGAGCAGGAAAAUGCCACCCUUCACACCAGCCUCUUAAAACUGAAGAAAAGGAUACAAAAUAGUAGUGCAAUGGGAGCCUCUGCUCAGCAAGCAUGGAGCCUCUCUUCACCAGAAGCAAAACAACAAAAUCACCAGACACAAACGCAGAUGGCUUCAUUCAGUGCAGCACAGCUGGGAUACACUAACAGAGGAAGGGAAGCGAGACGAGGGGAAAGUGCUUUGGACUCGCCUGGGUCAGGGGAUCGGAUGUCCCCCACGGCUGCCUCCCCCUCAUCCCUGCAUCUCCACCUUCAGACCCUCCACCUUAAUGCAGACUCUGCUGCUAAAAGCCACACAAAGAAACACAGUAGCUUUCUCAUCUCGCACUCAAGGAGCUCGAAUCGGAGGAGAAAACGAAACUAG